CGCAGCACCGGCGCUGCAGACGCCAAACCGUGCUCCGCCGUCUGACGAUGGUAGACUGUUAAAAGACGGAUGGUCAGGGCCGUCCUCGUCUCACCCGAACAACAUGCGAGUGUAACUCGAUUCGUGUCCGUCAAUAAAGCGCGUGCUCACGGGAGGGGGUGUGUGUGUGUGUCACACGUUCAUUUAAAAAACAAAAAGAAGAAGAAGAAGAAAAAACCUUCGGCUACGUUUACGUUUUACAUUUUUUUUUUUUAUUAUUAUUAUUAUUUCCAAAUCAUGGAGUACGAAUGCGUUUGUGAAUACGACUCGACCUGGGACACGGAGAGUGAUGGAGACGACCCGGCCGGAGAGAGCCAACCCUGUCGGUCAUCUCUGGACAAAAACAAAUCCGUCUGGAAUCUAAACCGGAAUCACACGACCAGAAACAUGAGGGCAGCAAAGGACAUGCAGAACUACAGGAGAGGGUAUCCGAAUCUUACAGAUGACGAGUGCUCGGAAGACAAAAUGAACAAUUUGCAGUUUUAUCUAAAUAAAUUUCCCUCCUCUCCUGAUGAUAUCUACAUUGAAUCAUUUCUGAAGGAGUGGAAAAAUGACUACAAGCGACUGGAGAGAGUCCACUCGUACAUUCAGUGGUUGUUUCCACUGCGAGAGCCGGGGGUUAAUUACAUGGCUUCAGAACUCACCAAGAAAGAAAUCGAGGCCUUCAAGAAGAACGAGGACGCUAAAAAGAGACUAGUCGAGUCCUAUGAACUCAUGUUGGGCUUCUACGGCAUGCGAUUGGUCAACAAGGAGACGGGCGAAUUGAAACGAGCAGAUAAUUGGAAGGAGCGAUUUGGAAACCUGGAGCGGAAUAUGCACAACAACCUGCGCAUCACUCGCAUCCUGAAGAGCCUUGGGGAGCUGGGCUUCGAGCACUACCAGACCCCUCUGGUGCACUUCUUUCUGGAGGAGACUCUGGUCAAGAAGACCCUCAGCAGCGUCAAACGCAGCGUGCUCGACUACUUCCUGUUUGCCGUCCUGGACAAGCAGAAGCGGCAGGAGCUCGUGCGCUUCGCCUACCUUCACUUUGAGCCCAAGGACAAGUUUGUGUGGUGUCCCCGAAAGAUUCAGAAGCAACUCAGGAAGGCGAAGGAGAGACACGAUGCCCUCGGGAACGGAGACGGAAAAGAGGACGCGUGUUCGCGGAGUAAAAGCAAAGAUGGAGACGCCGUCGUGCAACAGAAGGAGGACGCGCCGGAAGAUGUGGCGAAGGCUCAGAAAGGAACCGAUAAAACGGCGAGUAAAGACGGAAGCAAACCGUCUGAGGCGUCGCCGCCUGACGCAAAACCAGAAGCGGAGAGCGUCGGCAAUGGAAACGCAGAGUCCAGUGACAUUUCUGUGAAUGGAAACGACUCCGCGGCUGACGCCGAUGAAAUGGAUCAGUCGUCCAGUCCCGACUCCGCGACGGCAAAAAACGAGCCUUGCGAGGACGCGUCGACCGACAGCCCGAAGGCCGCCGCCCAGGAACACGACACCUUUAUGCAAACGGACGCGGACGCCGACACGGAAAAGCCGCCCAAGAAGAAGAGGGAAGACGAGGAGGAGGAGGAGAAGGAGGAGGAGGAGGAGGAGGAGCUGCAAAGCAACGGCUCCGCCGGGGACUCCGCCGGCGGGCAGGUGGAGGAGAAGGCCGCCGCGAAUAAAGCCCCCGCCGCCGCCGCGCAGACGAGCCCCUCGGCGCAAACGCCGCCCCCAAAGACGUCAAAACAUUCGCCCUCUCUUUCUUCCGGAAGAGGGGAAAAAAUCCCGCGGACCGAUUUCAAUCAAGUGCCAGAUAAAAAGGAAGAGGAGGAAACGUCGAAGGCGACCAACGGGUCGGGGACGAGCGCCGACGGGGCCGAACAGACGAACGGGAAGGAGUCGGAGGACGUCGACAUGGAAUCGAACCCCUCGAGCGCAGACCAAAAUGUGAAGACUUCAUGAAUAAACUGAGCGACGGAAGAGAAAUGCAUUAAUUUGAGCUUAAAUGAAACGUAAUAUAGGGACAGAGUAUGACUUAAAAAGACUUCCUGGGCCUUAUUUCUACUUUUUAUUUGUCGCUUUAGGUAUCAAUUAUGUCAAUUGUGUGACUUCAUUGCGUAAUGUGGGACAGGAUGUGCGUUUCCACAGGGCCGUCAGACAAGAUUUAAAGGAGAAGUCUGGUUAUUUUUAUUUAUUUUUUUGUUAUUGUCAACAAGUCCCAUGGAAAAAAAGGUAAAAACCAGCAGCCGUGUUGUGAGGAGUUGCUCUCUUGUUCUGUGUGUGACUCUCAGCUCCGUGCUCAUUGAUUCUCAUCGACAUGAAUCCUCAAAUGUUGACUACAUAGUUGUUGUUUUUUUCUUAAUGUAAACAAAUUUCACAGGAGGGAACUUUUUUUUUUUGUCAAAUGUUACGCAAACGGGACUUCUUUUUUUUUUUUUUGCUUCCGGGGUUUUGCGAGUAUUUACAGCAGCAUGUGUGAUUGACUGAAAAAGAACUCCUCUUAUAUAAUUAUUUAUGAUUUAUAUUAUUGUGAUGAAGGGGCAUGUUAGCCAGCGUGACACACAAACAAUACUUGUGAGUUUCAUAAAUGUAUUGUUUGUCUUUUCAUGGGAUUUGUUGACCAAACAGAAUAUCACCAGACUUUUUUUUUUUAAGUAGUUGUCAUAUUUAAUAUCCCUACAAGCGCUAUUAUUAAUGUAAACCCAGAAAAGUAUUUUUUAACACCAUAAUACUUUUGCGAAUUUAAUAAUUGUUUUUGCACUGAAAAAUAAUUAAUUGGAAGAGCUUUUCUUUUUCUUUUUUCCCCCGCGCUCUCUGGGCUGUUUUUGUGUGAGUAAAGAAUAACCUGUACUGGUCUGUGUUCCUGCUGGACCCCCCCCCCCCCCCCCCCCCCCCCACCACCACCCCUGUUCAAAUAGAUUUAAGACUGAACGUCACUUAAGUUAUAUUUCAAAAAUGUUGCACUGACUUCUUUUUAAACAACUGAAGGCCUCGCCAAAAAGAAAAUGUGAUAAGACUGGUUGAUUGUACUUCAUGUAUGUCUCCUUGGCUACGAGUUAAAAGGCCGCUGGAUGUUAAUUUGACACAAGUGAAGUCCGUGAAAAUGUACGAGCCUGGGUGAGUAACUUGAUGCAUCUUUCUUUUUUUUUCUUUUUUUUUGUAUUUGCACUUGAAUUUCACUUAAUUAUUAAAAGUUAUGAUAUUUACUUAAUGACAUGCGUUAAUUACUUUUAGAAAGUGCUGGAUUGUUUGUAUAUGAAUUGUUUCUCUGCCCCCCCCUCCCCCCCCCCCCAACUGGCUGUUGACGAAGCAGAAUAAAGUUAUAUCAUUAUUUUUUU